GGGACUGUAACUGCUCAGACGGCAGUGUGUGGUAAAGUGGAGUGUAACAGGAGUGGAAGUGAAGCGCCCAUGAAAGAAAUUGGUUUUGAGCGGUAGUCCUCCUUCAGAGCAAAGAUGACCAAGCUGGGGUUCCUCCGGCUGUCCUAUGAGAAGCAGGACACACUGCUGAAGCUUCUCAUCCUGUCCAUGGCAGCCAUCCUGUCAUUUUCCACUCGGCUCUUCUCCGUUCUGAGGUUCGAAAGUGUCAUCCACGAGUUUGAUCCGUAUUUCAAUUACCGUACCACACGUUUCCUGGCUGAGGAGGGCUUUUACAAAUUUCACAACUGGUUUGAUGACCGUGCGUGGUAUCCACUUGGGAGAAUCAUUGGUGGCACCAUCUAUCCUGGUUUAAUGGUCACCUCAGCGGCUCUUUACCACGUGCUGCACUUUUUCCACAUCACCAUCGACAUUCGCAAUGUCUGUGUGUUCCUCGCGCCACUCUUCUCAUCCUUUACCGCCAUUGUCACCUACCACUUCACUAAGGAGCUUAAGGAUGCUGGUGCUGGACUGCUUGCUGCUGCUAUGAUUGCAGUUGUUCCAGGAUACAUCUCCCGUUCUGUAGCAGGCUCAUAUGAUAAUGAAGGCAUUGCCAUUUUCUGCAUGCUGCUGACCUACUACAUGUGGAUCAAAGCUGUGAAUUCAGGCUCCAUUUACUGGUCAUCCAUAUGCGCCCUGGCUUACUUUUACAUGGUGUCCUCAUGGGGAGGUUACGUCUUCCUCAUUAACCUGAUCCCUCUGCACGUGCUGGUGCUGAUGCUCACUGGCCGGUUCUCCCACCGCAUCUAUGUGGCUUACUGCACUGUCUACUGCCUGGGGACCAUCCUGUCCAUGCAGAUCUCCUUUGUGGGAUUUCAGCCGGUGCAGUCCUCUGAGCACAUGGCAGCGUUCGGUGUGUUCGGCCUGUGUCAGAUCCACGCCUUUGUGGACUACCUACGCAGCAAACUGAAUGCCCAGCAGUUCGAGAUCCUUUUCAAAAGCGUCAUUUCCCUGGUCGGCUUUGUGCUGCUCUCUGCUGGAACUGUUCUCAUGUUGACAGGUAAGAUUUCUCCAUGGACUGGUCGUUUCUACUCGCUGUUGGACCCUUCCUAUGCAAAGAACAACAUCCCCAUCAUCGCCUCUGUAUCUGAGCAUCAGCCCACCACCUGGUCUUCCUACUACUUUGAUCUGCAGCUGCUGGUCUUUAUGUUCCCUGUGGGUCUGUAUUAUUGCUUCAGCAAUCUGUCAGAUGCCAGGAUUUUCAUCAUCAUGUAUGGUGUAACCAGCAUGUACUUCUCAGCUGUAAUGGUGCGUCUCAUGCUGGUUCUGGCUCCAGUUAUGUGCAUUCUGUCAGGAAUUGGUGUUUCUCAGGUGCUCACCACCUACAUGAAGAACUUGGAUGUCACUCGAUCUGACAAAAAGACCAAAAAGCAGCAGGACUCCACCUAUCCUAUCAAAAAUGAGGUUGCCAGUGGGAUGAUCUUGGUGAUGGCUUUCUUUCUGAUCACGUACACCUUCCACUCGACAUGGGUGACAAGCGAGGCCUACUCUUCACCCUCCAUCGUACUUUCCGCCCGCGGAGGAGACGGCAGCCGCAUCAUCUUUGACGAUUUCAGAGAGGCUUACUACUGGCUCAGACACAACACUCCUGAGGAUGCCAAGGUCAUGUCCUGGUGGGAUUACGGCUAUCAGAUAACAGCCAUGGCGAAUCGAACCAUCCUGGUAGACAAUAACACCUGGAACAACACGCACAUCUCUAGAGUUGGCCAGGCAAUGGCUUCCACGGAGGAGAAAGCAUACGAGAUUAUGCGAGAGCUCGAUGUCAGUUACGUGUUGGUCAUCUUUGGUGGACUGACUGGAUAUUCAUCUGAUGAUAUAAACAAGUUUCUGUGGAUGGUGAGGAUUGGAGGCAGCACAGACACAGGGAGGCACAUUAAAGAGCACGACUACUACACUCCCACUGGUGAAUUCCGUGUGGACAGAGAGGGCUCGCCCGUCCUGCUUAACUGCCUCAUGUACAAGAUGUGCUACUACCGCUUCGGCCAGGUCUACACCGAGGCCAAACGACCUCCUGGUUACGACAGGGUACGUAACGCUGAGAUCGGCAACAAGGACUUUGAGCUGGACGUGCUUGAGGAGGCUUACACUACAGAGCACUGGCUGGUCAGGAUAUAUAAGGUGAAAGACCUUGAUAACCGAGGCCUGUCACGAACGUAAACCAACACACCCAGACUUCACACCGCUCUGAACAUACAGCACUGAAAGUUUCCCCUGGCAUCUGAAGACCAGUGUGAAUAUUUUUAUACUUCUUUUGUGAUUGCAGGAUGAGAUUCAAUGUCAUUUUUUUUUUUCCUUUUUUAAGAAAAUAUCAUUUACGUGGUGUUUUGUUUGGAAUGGUGUGUGUUCGAAACAUCCAAAAAAACUGUCAGUAUGUUUAUUUCUGCAAUUAAUGACCUGCCAAUUUGUCAACAAAUGAAAAAAUAAAUGGAGUGACUGGGA